AUACGCACGCAGUAUAGAGCGCGUAUUACGUCGGUCUAGCGCGCGCACAUAGAGCUCCAUCUCUCUCUCUCUCUCUUUCUCUCAGCCGUUUCUCUCUCGCGUAAAUACGCGAAAUGUACAUAGUCGAGAGCUCGGACGAGCGCAGGCCUUCUUUAAUAUUAAAGUCCACGGCGGGUCGAAGUGACCCGCGGGGGCAAGAGGGGGCCUGCAGCUGCGAGGCUCCAGGCGAGCCGUCGUCUUCCAAGAAGUAGCGACGUCGACAACGCGCGGAUACGUCGGCCACUUCCUGACAACUGGUUUCGGAGUUCUUUCCUGCGGACGGCCGCCGGAUGCAGCAUCGUCGAUAAACAGUAGCCCGUCGACUUUUCCUCGUAUAUCGCAGCUCUCCACGCAAGCUAAGUACACAUGGAGGACCGCCAAAGCUCUCGUCAGUCCGUCGACUCGUCCGUUUUCCAGCCGCCUGCGAACAAGAGCAAAACCGAGGAGCUCGGGGAGAAAAUGAAGAGAAUCGACGUGAAACCGCCGACGGCUCUCGGUCUGCUGGCGAAGAACACGGCGCUUCUGCCCAGUGGAAUCGUCCGCGUCAAGCAGCUCCGAGACGCGGCUUUGAAUGAAGCUUCCCCCUCCAGCGGCGCCUCGUCCUCCGGCUCUGCCACUGGCAACCCGAGGAACAAAACAGCCCUGGCGCCGGGCCACAGCCUCAUGGACUGGAUCCGGCUGGGCUCGUCCGGAGUCGAUCUCACCGGCGUGGGAGGCAAACUUCUGAGCGUCACACCUGCCGAGUUGGCCAAGCACAACACGGAGAACGACGCCUGGAUCGCAAUACGAGGUAUCGUCUUCAACGUGUCCCGCUACAUGAGCUUUCAUCCCGGUGGUGUACCCGAGCUGAUGAAGGGAGCCGGCAAAGAUGCCACCAAGUUGUUCGACGACGUGCACGCGUGGGUCAACUACCAGAGCAUCCUGCAGAAGUGCGUCGUCGGCAGGCUCGAGCGUUCAGCCGGCGCCGAGCUUCUAUUCGAAAGCGAUCAACCUAAGCCUAAGAAAAGCACCAAAAGCGAAACCGAACCCGUCCCUGAUCCGCCCGCCGCUGUGAAAAUGGACUGGCGGCAGACCACCAAUACCGUCUCGAUGUUCUACGCGGCUACGCAGACGGCCCAGCCGCUCGGCGAGUGUCGAGUGAAAAAGCUCAGCGACUCGGAGUUCAGUCUGAGAAUCUGUCCCGCCGGCAAGAGCGGGGAUAUCGUGACGCACAAUGUCAAGCUUAUCGAGGACGUGGAGUGGCCGCCUAAUUGCCAGAGGAGCAGCGAAGCGCCGGAGCUCGAAAUCGUCUUCAAGAAAAAGAACAGAGGAAUUUGGAAAAAGUACGGAUCCUUCGCGGAAAGCCGGGAAAAGGCGGAUUCGACGCAACGCUCGUACAAUGAGUACGAGGUGCUGGAGAACACCCCGCUCUGCAAGAUAGUUCAUCUCUUAGUUUUACGAGCCCAAAAUUACAUGCAAAUUGUUCCGCCUGGCAGACACGUGGAAGCCAAGAUGAAAGUAUUAAGUACGGAAGUUUCGCGGCCGUACACACCGGUGCCGAGCUUCAUUCAUCCGGAAGAGCGACCGGCAACUGCCCUCACCGACGACUGUCUCUGCCUAAUGGUCAAGCGCUACGAAGACGGAGCCAUGACUCCGAGUUUGACGGCGCUGCAACCCGGGGAGAAACUAUGCCUGAGCAACACCCUCGGAGACUUCGUCGCCGAGGAGUUCGAUAGCUUCGCCGCUAUGCACCUCCUGGCCGCCGGCACCGGACUCACCGCCAUGCUGUCCAUCGUCAAGCGCGCCUUAUCCAGGCGCAACCCGCCGAGCAUCAACCUGAUCAACUUCAACAGGGACGAGGAUAGCAUUUUCUACGGGCGAGAACUCGAUCGGGUUUCCGGGGAACGUACAUUAAGCGUGACGCACGUGCUGUCAGCGGCCGAUAGCUCCUGGAGUGGAAAAAGGGGUACUGUGUCGGAAGACUUGCUGAAGGACUUGAUGGGCGAACAAUCCCCGAAGGCCUGUGUCUUCACGUGCGGUCCGCCCGGCUUCAUGGAAGUCGCUAGGGACUCUCUGCGGAAACUCGGCUGGCAGGCCUCUCAGAUGCGCGAGUUCGAGGGCUGAGCAAGUUUCAUCGCUCCCUCGCGGGCGAGAGAGAGAGAGAGAAAGACAGAGGAGGGCCAAGCCGCAAUGAUGAACGAGAUCAUGUGCCGAGCGUCAACGUAUCCAGUCUGCUAUAUCCACAGCGGCACAACGACACACUUCCGCCUAUCGGUCCUGUGCCUUGUUUUUUCUCCUCCACGUCGACCUUUCUGUUUUUUUACGACGAGAUUCCGCACCCCGACACCGCCGAGCGUCCAAUCACUUAUACAUUGUAAAUAAUAUGUGAAUAUUAAAGAGCGGAUGGAUCAUCUUUCGCCACAGCAGA